AUGUGGAAGUGGAAGAGCAAGUCCCACAAAGCCGACGAGGACGUGUCCGGCUCCGCAUCCUCAUCCGGCCCCGCAGCCGCACCAGCCUCGACCUCGGCCCCUCCACCGGCCUACGGCGCAGUUGCCCCACAGCGCUCCGGGCCCGGACCCCUUGAUCUCUCCGCUGCCCUCGGCGCCGUGAGCCUCGGCCCCACCCCGCCCCACGGCACUGACCCUACGGAGGACACCUGUCUCGCCCACCUCCGCCUCCUGACGGCCUUCAACCGCCUUAAGAACGAGACGGGGUACCGCGACGGCCUGUGGGAGAUCUGGGACUCGCGCGCAAAGAUCGCCAAUGCCGGCGGCGGCAACGACAAAGCCGCCGCCGCCGCCGCCACCGCUGCAGGGACCCUGAACCCGGACGUCCUUGUCAAGCUCCGCGAGAAGCGGUGGGCAGUCUAUGUUGGCCGCGCCGUCGACCGCUAUGCCGUCUGGUGGCGGAGCUUCGUGCCGGACAUGCUGCUCGAGAGGGACAUGGUCGACCCGCCCGAGGAGAGGAGGGACCGAUACGAAGGGUUCCCAAGGUCGGAACCCAUGGUCUGGAACGCCGACAUGCUUCCCCCGCUGGAUGUAUUGCUUGUCUGGCACGCACACAUGCUCAACCCAAGAAUUUACCUCGAGGACUGCCUCCGCUAUGGCCACGGCGCCGUCUGGGCGGCCGGCAUGCCCUGGCCCGUCGUCAACCAGGCCAUCUCGGGUGCGACCUUUGACUAUGUCGUCUCGGACUCCUGCGUCGCGCAAUGGGAGGCCCGCACGAGCUUCGCCUGGUGCAACGAGGACGAUCCAGACACCAAGGAGAUCCGCUGUCCCUCGUGCCAGACGAUGGUGUCCGUCCCAUGGACGACGUGUGGCCAGCCAAGAGACUACAGCGGAACCAAACGCCCCGGCAUCGCAGGCGAGGGCUACGCAGACGGUCACUUGACCCAAACCUGCCCGUCCUGCUCCGUCACCAUAACCCACGAGUCCCUGCGCGCCGCAAAGUUCCGCAACGACAUCCAGGCCUCCGUCACCUCGGACCACGCCAUGCCGGGCACGAUCCUCGAUCUCCACACCGGCCUGCCGAAACCACUCAAGUAUGACUCUGACAACAGCAAUUCGGCCGGCUGUCCCGACCAGCUCUUCCCCGCGCGCCUCGCCCGCCGCGGCCUGCUGGCCGAGGUCGUCGAGAUGCUGAAGCCCGGCAGCAAGGUGGCGCCGAGCAUGAUGGUCGUCCGUGACAACAUGGAAGAGAACUUCACGGGCAAGUUCGCCGACUCCAAGAACCUGAGAGAGGUGAUGAAUCGUCACGGUCACAAGAAGGUGACGGAUUUCCGCCUGAGCUUGGACGGGAGGCGGCAGACGCGGAAGAUGAUGUCGCGGUACUGGGAGAACUCGUCGCCUUUUGCCAUUGAUCUUGUGGGCUGUGUCAUGAGGCAAGGGACGUUUACCGAGAAGAUGUGCAAGCUCAACUGGCUGCACUUCCCGACGGCCCGAAAUCUUAUGGCCGACCUCCUCAAGAAGUACACCCGCUUCGUCGAGAUCAUCGCCAUCGCGGCCGCGACAAAGGACAAGGUUGCCGUGCCGACGCUCGACGUCGACCUCGCAUGGCACACGCACCAGCUCUCUCCACAGUCCUACUUUGUCUUCACGCUCGCCAAGACGAGCGCUUUCGUGGACCACAACGACAAGGUUGACGAGGAUAGGCUGAGCACGGCCUUUGAGUGGACGAGCAAGACCUACCAAGAGAAGUAUGGCGAGGUUUACUCCCAGUGCAAGUGCUGGUACUGUGAAACUGUCAGGGUGAUGGCGUUGCCGGCGACCAAGAUGUUUGGCAUAGGCAAGGAAGAAAAGCUCCUCGAAGCAUGGCAUGCGGCCGCCAAGGCAAACAACGUGCCAAUGCCUCCUAUGACCGAGUCGGCGCACGUCUCGUCGCACCCGGCGGUUCACACCAACGAGACGACAGCCCGUCGAGCGACCACUCGUCCGAUACGUCUCGAGUACCGGAACAGGCUGGAGGAAACGCACUCCAAGGCGCGCAAGAGGGCGACCAAGACGUUCAAGGCCGACUCCGACAAGCGUAUGGGACCCCGGGGCGAAGACAGGACGUCUUUCUGGGGGAAAGACGUUGAGGUCGAGGGGCCCUGGGCCUCGAGCUUGGCUGCUGUCACAACGAGCGCCAUGUAUCCCGCGCCGCCGGGCUUCGCAAACAUGGGGCCCGGCUCGGUGGGCAGCUGCGCGACGGGAACAUGCGGCGGAGCCACUGGGUGCGGCUCCGAGCUGCUGGGCAUGUGCACAGCCGGCUGUGUUGGGAGCGGCUGGUUUGGCGGAAACGCCGGAUGUGCAGGAAUGGGCGCAACGUCCGGUGGUGUGAUGCUCUAA